AUGCAACCAAGUCUGAAGAAGCUGUCACAGAGAGCUUCGCCUCUCAGUGACUUCUCUCCUGCACAAUCUUCUGUUUCCCCAUUGCUUUCGUGCACAUCUUCACACACCGACUCUACUUCCCGUCCUCUCCUUGUUUUCUUCUGCUGGCUCGGUGCCCAGCCCGGAGCUGUGUCCAAAUACAGGGACCUGUACCUCGACCGUGGCAUGGAUGUCCUCCUGGUCCAAAGCAGAGUGAUGCACUUCCUGUGGCCUCGUUGGGGGCUCAGCUAUGGGUUGGAAGUUUUGAACAUUUUGGAGGAGCCUCUGUUCUCUGGCAGACCUAUACUGGUCCAUUCUUCCUCCAUUGGGGGCUACACUUUCACCCAGAUGCUCAGCCACAUUGCGCAAGAGCCAAAACAACAUGCCAGUGUGGCACAAAGGGUGAUAGGGCACAUCUAUGACAGCCUGGUGGUUGGUUCACUGGAGCACAUGGCAACAGGUCUUGGAAAAACUCUCAUGCCUCGAUUAGAGGGUCUUAUCAGAAAUAUUGCCAUGCUCUACUUCAGGCUCUUCAAAGCCCACACUGCAGAUCUUUACGAUAAAAGCAUCCAAGUUUUCUACAGCAACCCUGUUACCUCUCCAGCCCUCUUCUUCUUCAGUGAGAAUGAUGCAAUGUGCAACCCCGCUGUCCUGGAGAAACUGAUUGAUUUCUGGAGGCGGAGGGGAGUAACGGUCGACAGCAGGAAGUGGAAAGAGUCCACUCAUGCUGCCCACCUGCGUUGUCACCCAGAAGAGUAUGUUUCCACAUUGCAACACUUUUUGAACUCUAUUUGA